AUAAUAAUUAUUGUACACAUCACACAUGUGCACCGCGCGUAGACGUCGUGUGUAUUUAAUAAAUAAUAAUAUUAUCGCGAUAUAUUAUUAUAUUAUAUACUCGUCGUAUAUUAUAGCUACUACACCACUCGACGACGAGAGUUCCGUCGUAGGUACGAGUUUUGAAUAUUAUAUAUAGUGCGGUUACCCACAUCGUGAGCAACAGGUCGCGCUCUGGCCGCCCGACGUAAACGCGUACGCAUGUCCGAGUGUUGGGCCAUCCGACGGUGUAAUGUGAUUUAUUUAUUUUUCGACACGCGCCGUUAUUAUAUUAUUAUUUAGUUGUUUUUUUUUUAUCAUCAUGCCGACGACACCGCUGAUGAUUAUGAUCUUUGCGAUGGUUCUGACGUUUUCGAUGUUCGUCACAUCGGAGCAGCAGCAGUCGAAUAAGUCGCCCGACGAUGACGAAACCGCGGCGGCGGACGUAUCACGCGAACCGUCAAAUUUAUUUCGAUUGGUGUUAACCGAAUUGCCACUCGUGUACCACUGCAACGACAGCUUGCAAUGCCCGGCCGCGUUCGGCUUCACCAGGUGUGAGAAUCACUUGUGUAAGUGCGACGAGAGUUUCUAUCAAGUGUUCAACAAGACUUCGGAGACGGCCUACUGUCGCCUAUGUUCGCUGUUCCAAGAAAGCUGCGCCGUGACACAAUGUUGUGAAAAUCCAGAUGCCACGUUCUGUUUCAACGGAUUGUGCGUGUGCAGACCUGGAAUGGACGAAGAAUGUCUUUCGGGGAUUUACAGAGGCAGAUACACUCCGACGCUGGGCAUACAGCUGGCCAACACUCUUUCGGUGUCGUUCGCAUUCGUCUUCCUCGCCAUCACACUCGUCGCGGUCGUCAGGAAAACGUUGUUCAGGUGCAGUUUUUGCAGGUGCGAUUCGAUGAGUAGAGUGGCCAGUGACAGUUCGCUGAACGAGUUCGUCAAGCAGAAAAUGCAAAACAGACCGCCGUGUUACGACGACAUAGAAAAAGACCGUAAAGUUCCUAUUUUUGACUGCACAAAUCAGCCACCGCCCGAGUACGGCGCCACUCAUUUCAGCCGGCCGGGCACGUUCCAUCAGGGCACCCUGAACCCGUCCCUGUCGAUCAGCAACGAAGUGGAAAUGAAUAUGGCCCCGCCAAACUAUUCGACGUUCACGACUGUCACUGAAGUCCCGGCGAUGGCGGCGGUGCCUUCCGAAGCGGCAGUCGGUCGGACCAGCGGCGAAAUUAUCCUCACCCAACCGAUCUACACGAAUCGCGAUUUUCCGCGGCUCGCGUAGCCCCCCCCGCUGUGCAGAUAUCCGCGUGGCCCCAUGAUAUGCACGAGAUAUUAAAACUAUUGUGUUUUACCAUCAUAUUUGAUUGGUGUUAUAUACGUCUUGUGUAUAUAUAUAAAUACGACCGGAAGUCUCGCGAUCUCUAUAUUACUAAUUAUAUACAGAACACGGCGGCGUUUAGAACGGACCAGGGUAAAAUAUACGAUAGUGUAUAAUAUUUCGUCCUAUGUAUAUAUAUAUAUAUAUAUAUAUAUAUUAUAAAUUAUAAUAUAACAUUAAGCGACAUCGCAUGACUAUUAUAAUUGUGCGUGUUACGUAUUUUUUUUUUUUUUAUCCCUUCUCGUGCUGUACCUACCUUACCUUUAAUCUAUAGACAUAAAAUAUCACGAUUACAUACCGGUUGAUCCAUUUAUAUAGUAAGACACUUAUUAUUUAAAAGCAAUUAGCGUUUUUGAAAAAUAUAUUUUUUUCUAUUCUUU